AUGAGCACAGUGCUAGGAUCGCCCCGGCCACCUUCGUCACAGCCAACCACAGCAACAAAUGGAGAGCCGACGCCCUUCGAAGUCUUCAUUGCCAUCUGCAAUAUUCUAACCUGGCUCCUUGCGGUGUAUGUGAUCUACCUCCACAUCCAGGAAAGAUGGGACCUCGACGCCCGUUACCGCGCACGCGUCGAAGCCGAAAGACAGGCCUGGAGUGAGGCAGAGAAGCACUGGAGAGACCCCAGCCCUGCAGAGGACCGAGGGCAAGAGCAGAGAUUGCAACAGAUCCUCGAAGAGGUUGAAGGGGAUCAGGAUUGGGAAGAUGAGAUUUUGGAAUGGCAUGGUGAGAUCGAGGGGCCAACGGCAAGGGAGGUUGAGACUCACACCAACGGUGAGAUCGAGGAGGGAAUGGAGGUUAUGGAGAUUCCCGGGCUGGAAGAGUUUGAGCGCGAUCAUGGACGGUUACGCAGAUGGUAA